AAAUCACAACUAAAGGCAAAAACUGGAGCAGAUUGCUCUGCAGAGCUUUUCCAAAGAGCUUUUCCAAGGUUAAAACCCCCAGGGAGGCACAACCUGCAGCAAGACGGUUGUUUGGACAAGGAAAACCCAAUAUCUGAAGUUUUCCAGCUCUUCCCUAUGACCUGUGGCUUCAGUUUUUAUCCCCAGGCAAGGAAAAGGAGAGCUCGGCGAUUUUAGAAGAGAAGACGGGUUUAUUUUGGCAACGCGCUGCGUCUGGGAUGGUGAUAACCCCCCUCUGCUGGACACCGAUCUCUAAUGACCACGAGCCGCCAACACCUUUAUACCAUUUUCCUGGCUGAUACUGGACCACGGAAUGGGUCGGAUGCAGGAUUUUUGUGGAUUAAUUCGGUUUUUUGACAAACGACCUGACCCUGCUACACACGGAUGAGCACAUUUAAUAAAACCGUGAAGAAAAUGGAAUAGGGAUAAAGCAUCAAGCAGGUUCCGCUUUGCUUCUGCUGAGGCUCCGGAUCACGCCACCGAAAAGCCCCGAUCUCCAAUGACCUCAAAGCGCAAAGUUUGAUUUCCCAGCCCUUAUUAUUUUUCUUAACGAUGACACCAGCUGUGACGAAGCGCCGGGCGCCGCUUUGAUGCGGAUUUAUCGAUACCCCUGUUUUAAAAGGCCGAGCGCAGGCGAGCAAGCCAGGCGUUAAAUAGGAGCCGACACCUCGGGAGCUUCCUCGUCGGGAAAUCAAAUUGAUAAAUGUUCGACAUCUUACAAGCGAAAACGUGGACGUUUUAAAAUAAUUAGGUGCGCAACUCUCAUCAAAAUCUUCCCCCAAACUGCUUGGUGGCCCAGGGGUUGAUCCCAUUGUCACCGGGGGUUUUAGGAGCUUUUUUGCCCGUGGUGACGCUUCUCUGCGCCUCCCUAAAGAAUUCUCUUCCAUCCCUUAUGAUCAGAUGUGGAUAAUAUUGCACAAAGGAAACAAAUCAAUGCGGUUUCCCUCCCAAAUCACUCAUGAUAGAGCCAAAAAUGCUUCAAAAAAACCCCCCAGAAAACACAACCCCGCAAGCUGGGGACGCACAACUUGAAUUUUCCGACGUCCCGAUGGUCCGAUAUCCAGAAACCGUCACUGCACAAGACCAGAUCUGCGCUGCCGAGAACAUCCCGUCCCCUCCGGAGGUUUCAUCGCAUCCCAUGAUGCUUUUCUGCUCCCAAAGUCAAUUGGCGUCGCCCAAAAUACAUUUGAACCUGGGAGCUACGGAGCGUUUGGCAUUAGGCGUCAAUACGAUGGUGGCGGGAGCAGCUUUAUCUCAAGGCUCCCGCACCCACCGGCACCCGUGAUUUUACUCCGUAGCCUCAUCCUCCAAUUCCUGAGCGUUAUUUGGGGAGCUCGAGCUCUCUGCGAGCGGCAGGACCAUGCUGGAGGAUGAGGAUGGGAUGAGCGAGAGGGGGCUCAGCACCUCCAGGAGGAGAUACGACGAUGAGGAAGAUUACCACUCCAUCUACAUUGGGGUGCCGGUGCCGCGGGGCUACCGGCGGAAACGGCGUCGGCGAAGAUCGGCGUCCAGCCGGGACCGGGCGAGCGAGAGCGAGCGGCACUACGAGCGCCACGAUCGCUCCGACACCGACGACGGCGGCCACGGCUGCUACGAGAGCGGCAACGACAACGCCAGCAGGACCAUGUCACCGGCCGCCGAACGUCUCCGCUACAUCUUGGGGGAAGACGAUGAGCCUCCCAACCCCACGUUGUUCACCGAGAUGGACACGCUGCAGCACGAUGGUGAUGAGAUGGAGUGGAAAGAAUCGGCCAGGUGGAUCAAGUUUGAAGAGAAGGUGGAGGAAGGUGGGGAGAGGUGGAGCAAGCCCCACGUGUCCACGUUGUCCUUGCACAGCCUGUUUGAGCUGCGGACGUGUCUACAGACGGGAACGGUGCUCCUGGACUUAGACGGCUACUCUUUGCCCCAAAUCAUAGAUGAUGUUAUUGAGAAGCAGAUUGAGGACGGGCUGCUCAAGCCAGAGCUGCGGGAGAAGAUAAGCUACGUGCUCCUCAGGAAGCACCGGCACCAAACCAAGAAGCCAAUCCACCGGUCCUUGGCCGACAUCGGCAAAUCUGUCUCCUCCAACACGACGCGCAGCCCUGUCCGGAGCCCGGCCGCCGGCGCCGCCUUCCACCGCUCCACCGAGGACCUGCGGAUGCGCCAGAGCGCCAGCUACGGCCGCCUGCGGCACGCGCAGAGUCGGAGCAUGAAUGACAUCUCGGACACUCCGAGCACCGACCAGCUGAAGAACAAGUUCAUCAAGAAGAUCCCCAAGGAUGCAGAGGCCUCCAAUGUGCUGGUGGGAGAAGUGGAAUUCCUGGAGAAGCCCUUUGUGGCUUUUGUGCGGCUCCUCCAGGCGACGAUGCUGGGAGGGGUGACGGAGGUGCCCGUCCCUACCAGGUUCCUCUUUAUUCUCCUCGGUCCUGCAGGAAAAGCCAAAUCCUACAAUGAGAUCGGCAGAGCCAUCGCAACCCUCAUGGUGGAUGAUCUCUUCAGUGAUGUUGCCUACAAAGCCCGGGACAGAGAAGACCUGAUCGCUGGCAUCGACGAGUUCCUGGAUGAAGUCAUCGUCCUGCCACCUGGCGAGUGGGAUCCCAACAUUAGGAUUGAACCACCCAAAAAAGUGCCCUCGGCUGAGAAGAGAAAAUCGGUUUUCUCGUUGAACGAGGUCGGGCAGAUGAACGGCACGGCCGGUGGGGCAGGUGCCGGGGGCGGUGGAGGCGGCAGUGAGGAUGGAGAGAUGCCCGAAGUUCAUGAAAUUGGGGAAGAACUCGCGUGGACCGGCAGGUUUUGCGGUGGCCUCUAUUUGGAUAUCAAGAGGAAGCUGCCCUGGUUCCCCAGCGAUUUCUAUGAAGCUUUUCAUAUCCAGUCCAUCUCCGCCAUCCUCUUCAUCUACCUGGGCUGCAUCACCAACGCCAUCACCUUUGGGGGCUUGCUUGGGGACGCUACGGACAACUACCAGGGCGUCAUGGAGAGCUUCCUGGGCACGGCCAUGGCCGGCUCCAUGUUCUGCCUCUUCGCCGGGCAACCGCUCAUCAUCCUCAGCAGCACCGGCCCCAUCCUCAUCUUCGAGAAGCUGCUCUUCGACUUCAGCAAAGGCAACGGCAUCGACUACAUGGAGUUCCGCCUCUGGAUCGGAUUGCACUCUGCCCUACAGUGCCUUAUCCUGGUGGCCACCGACGCCAGCUUCAUUAUAAAAUACAUCACCCGCUUCACGGAGGAAGGCUUCUCCACCCUCAUCAGCUUCAUCUUCAUCUACGACGCCAUCAAGAAGAUGAUCGGAGCCUUUAAGUACUACCCCAUCAAUUCGGAUUUCAAGCCGGACUAUGUGACCAUGUACAAGUGCGAGUGCAUCGCUCCCGACCCAGCCAACGCGACCUUGUUCGAUGCUUCAGCUCCGGUGGCGCCCAACACCACUAAUGUUUCUCUGUACAAUACUAUUAACCUCACAGCUCUGGACUGGACUCAGCUGAGUAAGAAGGAAUGUCUCAAAUACGGCGGCAGCUUAGUGGGGAAGUCCUGUAAAUUCGUGCCCGACCUGGCCCUUAUGUCCUUCAUCCUCUUCUUCGGGACCUACUCCAUGACCUUGACCCUGAAAAAAUUCAAAUUCAGCCGCUAUUUCCCUACCAAGGUCAGGGCUUUCAUUGCUGAUUUUUCCAAUGUCUUCUCCAUCCUCCUGUUCUGCGCCGUGGACGCCUGUUUCGGACUGGACACCCCCAAACUGCACAUCCCCAGCAUCAUCAAGCCCACUCGCGUGGACCGAGGGUGGUUCGUGUUUCCCUUUGGGAAGAACCCGUGGUGGGUUUACCUGGCGAGCGCCCUGCCCGCCCUCCUCGUCACCAUCCUCAUCUUCAUGGACCAGCAGAUCACAGCCGUCAUCGUCAACAGGAAGGAGCACAAGCUACGGAAAGCCGCAGGCUACCACCUGGACCUCUUCUGGGUGGGCAUCCUCAUGGCCGUCUGCUCCUUCAUGGGGCUGCCCUGGUACGUGGCGGCCACCGUCAUCUCCAUCGCCCACAUCGACAGCCUCAAGAUGGAGACGGAGACCAGCGCCCCAGGGGAGCAGCCCCAGUUCUUGGGGGUCAGGGAGCAAAGAGUGACGGGAAUCAUCGUCUUCGUGCUGACGGGGAUUUCCGUCUUCCUGGCCCCCAUCCUGAAGUACAUCCCCAUGCCAGUGCUGUACGGCGUCUUUCUGUACAUGGGCGUCGCGUCGCUGAAUGGCAUCCAGUUCUGGGAGCGCUGCAAACUCUUCCUCAUGCCAGCCAAGCACCAACCUGACUACGUCUUCCUCCGGCACGUGCCGCUGCGCCGCAUCCACCUCUUCACGCUGGUGCAGAUCGUCUGCCUGGCCGUGCUCUGGAUCCUCAAAUCCACCGUGGCCGCCAUCAUCUUCCCCGUCAUGAUUUUAGCCCUGAUUCUGGUGAGGCGGCUCCUGGAUUUUGUCUUCUCCCAACACGACCUGGCUUGGAUUGACAACAUCAUCCCCGAGAAGGAGAAGAAGAAAGAGGAUGACAAGAAAAAGAAGAAAAAAGGCAACAAAGGAGGCAGCAGCAGUGACGAGGAGGAAAGAGGUCCUCCACCUGGAGCUUUGCGUUCUGAUUCCUCCCCGAAUGGUUCAGACCUGGAUCGCAGUAUUACGCUUCACCUGAAGAUUUCGUGCCCGUCGUCUCCCGCGUUUAACUACUCCCGAAACCCCAUCUGCGCCGUGCCCCAGGUGAAGAUAGAGAUGGAAUCGGACUACGAGGACACCGACACCGACAAACCCCCUCGGGACAUGGGCAGUGAGACCACGCUAUAGUCCCGCGCAGCCUUCCCCUGCCCUUUAUAUAUAUAUAUUGAUAUUGAAAUAUUCAUAUAUAUAUAUAAAGAUAAAUUGAGCUUAUUUUUCUAUGUGAGACAGAGGAGACCGGUGGCCCCAGGGGGCUGUCGCUCCGGUAGUUUUUAGCAUCACGACUUGUUGAAUUUUCUCCCUUUUCUGCCGGGCAAAAUGGGGCUGAAAAGGUGGAAUUGGCGAUUUUGGCCUCGGAGCCACUGCUGGGCCGGAGAAGCUGAAGUGGGUUUGGGCUGAUGGGGAUGGGGACCGCACUGGGGGGAUGGAUUUGAGGGGGGAUUUUGGGGUGAGGAGGAGGUUUGUGUGGCUCAGGUGGAACAAGAUGCGUGUCCCCAGUCCCUAAAAGCACAGCGCGGCUCUCAGGGAGUUUUGGUUUGUGAAGGGCACGGUGCAUCGGCCUUUGUGUUGGCAAAAGGAUGCUGGUCCGAGCCCACGGUGACACGAGGGACCCAGAUCUGCUGGUCUGGAGCCACCCUCUCAAAUCUAUUUCUUUGACUCAUUUUUGCUAGAUGCAUUAUUUUAUUUUUCUUUAUUUCAAGCCUCACAGAGCCCCAACCCUUCCCCUCCCUGAUAUUUAUACCAACCACACGGGGCUUUCCAGGACACCAGUUCAAUAUUGCAACCGGUCUGAACCUUUGCGUGGGACAGACCCCAGUUCUUUGUAAAUAGUUGAGUCCGACAAAGACUUGAAGGCGGUUUUUCCUAUUUAUAGCAAUUAUUUUUUCUUCUGGUUCAAGUACAGCUCCUGGGGAAACGUGGCGAGCUAAAUAACAGUAUUACUCCCAAGCGUGAGCCACGUAGCUUGACGUUAACAUUAAGAACUUGAAUGCGUCGUGUCUGUUUAGUAGCGUUUUGUACCGAUCUCCUCUGCGGUAGCUGCAGCGUGGUCCAGGUAGGCUGCUGAUUUUAAUCAAACAGGUUAAUUAGCUUGAUCCGGUACAUCAGCUCUACUCCCCCUGCCCCAGAAAGGCUUUGUGGACUCUGGUAGAUGUUUCCUCGAGCGGAGCUGAAUCCACUUUAGCUCAUUUUGACUCAAUUUGUCCAAAGUUCACCCAUGGUUUAUACUUUUUCUAUCUGCAAACAGUGGAGCAUCUCAGAUUUGCCACCUCCAUUCCAGUCCCACUCAAGCCAUUUUGUAUUUAUCAGUGAAACAACCCAAUAAACCUGGUUUCAACGAGUCUCAGCUCUUAGUGUGUUUCUGGUGCACUUGAACCUCAGCUUUUCUUCCCACUUUAGUGUUUUUGAGCACAAAUGUGGGGUUAGUGCCUCCAGCACCAGCCCUUGAGUGUCACAACAACCUUUUAGUGCUCCCAGAAAAGGUGGGAUCAGUUUUUUCAGGGAAUGAUGAAGGAGUCCAGGACUCACCUCACACAACCACCACUGCAUGGAGGUUUUUCCAUCCUGCCCAAGGCAUCGCAACCCCAGGUAAGAUUAAAGUUCAAUAGAUAAUUAAUAGUCCUCUAAUGCAUUAGUUUGCAAGUUCUAAGUUUGUGCUGUGAUGGGGUGGAGGUGGGAAAUAGAGCCAGGAAGCUAAAGCGGUUUUGUUCAGGCAUGAACUUCCUUCUAGGCUGAGUUGGGGAGGCAGUUGUGGCUUAGCUGAACUCAGGGGAAAAGCCAGACCUAACCCUGCUCUUUGCAGACAAAAAGGAGCUCACAGCACAAGCGCUUUAAUAAACUACAGCUCUUUUCCUGAAAUAAGAACAAAAACUUGCUUAGAAAUAAUUCUAGGACACAAGCAGGGUUGUUUUCUUCCUUCUCAUACUUGAUUAUUCACUAGUACUCACACACUUAUCAGUACAGUCCAGGAAAUCUCCAGCAUGCCCCCUAUCAACACCAACAGCCCACAUGCUGUUGUUCUUUGGUGAGGAAAAAAAAAGGCUUUUUAAUAAAAAAAUCAUUCUCCAAAUAGCAAAAAAA